AUUUUGAAUAACUAGCAUAUUUUAAAACAUAUUAAAAUAUGAAGAGUUUGAAAACACCUACGUAGUAAAACGUGACGGUAACACGUGCUUGUUGAAGAUUGAACACAGAUUGAAUGGACUAAUCAGGGAAACGAUAAUAGUAAGGUUUUUCUUACUUUUCUAUUAUGUGUGAACUGCUGUAAGAAGACCACAAAAUAUAGCUGACCUACAGGAAAAACUUAUUAAGUAUAGUGCAGUAGCAGUAGCAACAAGGUGACGUAAUUUACAAUUCAAAACAGGACUGCUCCAUGUGGGACAAGUAGAGACAAGGAUCUCUUGUGUCAGGAGUGGAGGACGAAUUUAGAAUGCCAACAAUUAGCAGAGAGGUUUUAGUUAACCUCAUUUCAAACACAAGGGCCCUGAACAUUUUUAACACAAUUACAGGGAUUGUGAGUUUUUUUACUUAUAAACCGCUAUAGGGAAGUUAAUUUUCGUAAUUGUUUAUGAAACAACUCGAACGUCUUGAUCUCAUGAUGUUGUCGCCCACAGAAUUGUGAGAGAUCUCAUCAAUCAAAAUUAGAGAGACAGAACAACAUGGUAUGAAGGGUAUUGAUUGUUUAUGAUCAAGUUAAGGCAAAAUUUAAAUCAGAUCUAUCAGCCACAAUCAUUUAAUAAUGUCCUAUGUUCUACCUCUCUCAGCAGUGGGUUUUCAAAGUCUUGUUACUUUUUGUUAAAAAAACAGUUUGUUUUCCUUCAUACCAAAGUUUAUCAAGAAAAGAAGUUUUAAAAAUUGAAUAACAAAAAUAAUGUCACUUAGAUUUUACCAAAUUUAGUUCUUUUUAUAGGUUGUAAUGCCUAUCUAAUUUUUCAGAAAGUUACUAUACUCUAUAAAUUGUCUAUUUAUAUUAUACUCGCAACUUAGUAUCAAGUAUGUACUAAAGAUAUAAAAUGUACAUUUGCAUAUAACUUGAAAUAUAAAAUCCAUACUCUUGUCUGUUUUUUGGUUCUUAAUAUUUAAUCAAUAUUCAUCUUUGAUCUUACUACGGUUGCAUGUAAAAUUACUGUUUUUGACUAAACAUAAACUUUCCAAAAUGUGAUGUUUGUUGUCAUAAUAAUUAAUUUCGUCCCCAACUUACGUCUCGUGAUGAUAAAACGAUUUUAUUUCUCCAACGUAUUUCCUCCUUCACCUACCUAACUUGUGGCACGUCUGUCGGGGCAUUGUAGGAGUGGUAGUCUCAUUCCGUACGAACUAACAUCAACUGACAACGAAAAUGAGUGCUGUGCAUAUAGUAGUGUGAGUCGAGUCGAGACAUGUUGGGUGGGGGAGAAGUGAAGGUGGCGACUGUGGAGGCGGUGGAGUCGGUGGACAAUAUGGCAACACUUCCUGUCUCCCGCGCUCACGGAGGCAGUGACAUCACGCCCGAGAAGAACAACUUCACCAACAAGGAGAUGGAGGCCAAGAAACGACCAGUGGGUGCUGUUCCAAUGCAGCCGAAAAGAACGUCCUUGUUCAUCGUCUUGAGCUUCAUCUAUGCAAAAUUGCUGGUUGUCGUCUGCAUCGCCUUUGUCGUCUCCGAGGUUGUCACUCAUAGUCUUCCCAUACCGUACUAUGAGGGUUUCUUCACGUAUCUUUACGGCGUCAGCAUCCUCUUCCUGCUGUAUGUGUUCUGCUUUCUGCUACAAGAGAGCACAUGCUGUCAGGCAACGGAACCCAAGCCCAAGAAACCCAAGAAGGAGAAAGAAAAGGAAAAAGAAAACAAAAAGAACAAAAAGAAGGAAGCUGCUGAUAAGAAGAAAGAGAAGGAGGAAAGUGCAAAAGGAGGAGGAGGAGGAGAACCGCAACCUCCGCCGGCUCAGCAAGGGAAGCGAAACAGUAGAUCAAAUAUUUUCCAGAACGAGGUGUACCCACGUAAAAUGAAGGACUUGAUGCGUAGCAAAAAUGCACUUGUCGAUGACAUAGAGUCUAACCCAAAUUCGAAUUCUGGAAGCAAAUCUGAGCUGGUGGGAGGAAUGAUGGGAACGCUGCGCAAGGGCAAGUCAGGGGCUGACAGUCCCACCCAGGAGAAGCUGACAGACUCUGCUGACGUCGAGAGCUGUCCUGUACCCAUGCCGCACCCUGGUCGCAAGCGCAAGACCUCCCAGAACACCCACAGCCAUGGUAGCUUCUUCCUUCGGGUCGGUGCCAUAGCCUUUGGGCUUGCCACAAUGAUCUACAAUGGGCUGGAAUUUGGUGAAUUCUUCGAGAUUCCUUUCACAUCCCCCUGCUACCAGGUACUGAGAGGAGUCAACCCUCUGCUGCAGAUGAUGUUCACAUUCAUGCAGAUGUACUUCAUCUUCAUGAACUCGAGACUGAACAUCCAUCGCUUCAAGGUGAUAGCGAGGUUCGGUCUGAUGCACAUCGUGGCCACAAACCUCUGUGUGUGGAUACGCACGCUGGUACUGGAGAGUCUUAAGGAGAUCACUGGAUAUCUGCAGAAGCGCAACUCCACCGUUGCCCUUACAACUCCGACCUCUUCUGUUGUGCGCAAUCUCAACAAUGACUUUGCCAUUUUAGAGAGUCUUCGAGUGCCAACCGUUCACCCGACACCUAUAACGACAGCGACCGCCUCCGCUAUUAAGUCCACCGCUCAAGUGAUAGCUUAUACGGCCAAGAACCUGCUCCAUCAGACGACUACUGCUGCUGCCACCACGUUCUUGCCCACCACUUCGACCACCACAAUGCUGCCAACCACCACCCCAACGACGACAACCACCACCACCACAACCCUUCCCCCAUUCACUGAUCCCACCACCACAACGACAACCACCACUGAAAUGCCGUUCUUCGACAUCAUCAAGAAAAAUUUAACGGCUUUCGCCACAGAGCCGCCAGUGUUCUGGGACGAGUUUGCCGAGUCUCCGCUCGCACCCGCUGCCCUGGUGAGUGCCAAUCGCACCCCCAUUGACCCCCAGACCUGCGGACGGGUCAACAUCAUGGGUAGCAUCGUUCAGGACUCUGCCCCCUACCUCUUCCCCUUCAUCAUUGAAUACAGCCUCAUCGGAGCUGCCGUCAUCUACGUGAUGUGGCGUCACAUCGGCCGUCACGCCAGUUACUAUGGUCCUCGUGAAGAAGAAAAUGAACUCCUCAUAGAUGCUAAUGUAACUUGCCAAAAAGUUAUUCAACGGUACCAGGGAGAGGAGGACUUGGAGCAGAGGCUGGAGGUGAUCUUGUCACGCCGGGCUGUCGCGUUGGCGCACGCUAACGCUGGCCGUGUGGACUGUGUGGGAGCCAGCAAGGGGCUUUUCUUCGGCUUGCUACUGCUCGUUGGUUCACUCAUUUGCCUCAUCCUGUUCUUUGUGUUGGUCCACCACCCCCAGCUGGGGCUGCUGGCCAUCUACUUGGCGGACGUCUCUCACUGUGCUCUCAUGGGCCUGAGCAUCAUAGCCAUCAUCAUCGGAUUCAUCAGAGUUCAAGGACUCAAGUUCCAAGGCGAGGAGCAAAGUGACUUGAACGAUAUCUUGCAGCGAGUUUCAGCAUUCGGCCUGUUUGUGUAUGCAGUGUUUAGUGUCAUAGCGGGUGCGCUCACUGCACUCACCAGCGAACCCAACUUGCUAGUCAUGAUCACCGGCAACCUCUCAGUAGUACAGGUGGUUCUCCAGCUAUUGUUCAUCGCAGACAUUGCCCGGCGCCGCGUACACCUGCCGGAACACGACCGCAGCAAGCCCGGGCGCCAGAUUGUCACUUUCUUGCUCAUCUGUAAUGUCACCAUGUGGAUCAUCUACACAUUUGAGACACAAAAGGUCAUCGCAAACCCUGUGCAAUUGGACUUCUACGGGUUCCUUGCCUGGUCCAUGGUGCAGCGGGUGACAUUGCCGCUCUGCAUCUUCUAUCGCUUCCACUCGGCUGUCACACUAGCAGAGAUAUGGAAGACCAGCUACAAGCCUCGACUCGACUAAGGCCAACCAAGAGGUUCUGAUCAGCGCAGGAAUAGGACGAGGUAGUUACCUAUCGACAUACUUCAAGACAAACUUAGUGUUUUAGUUUUUGUACAUUUCGAUGAUAAAUAUUCCCCAUUUACCGUUAAUAUCAGGCUCAAUUUUUGAGCGACACUUGUCAUAAAUAACUUUUAUAUUUACGUUACUCGAUAUGUCGCACCCUUGCAUUUUUCAAAAUGGAUCUUUGUUUGACGAUGUGUUUAGGGGCCACUCAAACGUUUGUGGUGUGAAAUUUCUCGUAAGUGUAAGCAAAUACUACUCUCUGUGUACUUAAACUAUACAUUAGAUGUCUACAUUCUUGGUUGUAUUUAUAAACAUUACUUAAUAGGCUGAUUAUUGUAAGAGAUGUGUGGUCUUUAAUGUAAAUAGAUAAUAAUAAAUUAUAUGUGCAUUGUAAUAGAAUUUAUUUAUUUUCAGCAGAUAAUAUUAAAAAAUAAGAUAAGUGAUUCUUUUAUAUAUAUAUAUAUAUCGUCCGAAGAAAAAGAAAGAAUACAAUAUUACGUAGUCGUUGCUCCUUAGAUCCCCGAUAUAUCAAACAUGCCACUGAAAGGUUGUGUCUUGUGUGUAUUGUGACGUAACUUACUGAUAUUACAGUAUUUCUGCACAAGGUCUAGUAGGCCGACAACAAAGUGCUCAACAUUCAUGUGUUAAAGAACCGUACACUUUCUUUUUCUUCAACUCAAGUGUUACUAAUUUUUGAUAUAGAUUGAUUCUGUGUUCAUUAUGUAUAGCUUGUAAAUUACCGUGUUUUAACAUUCUGAUGCAGUAAGAAAGUUUAUACAUUUAAUAUAAUUGUUAAUUUAUGACGUACAAGACACCGCUGACUGUUACGUCGAGUGAGAUAUGUGCAAUGCUUGUGUGAAUGGUUCCUCUGUGCGAAUGAACUUCAUUGUGUGUCUUGAGAAACUAAGCAUCUCAGUCCCAGAUUUAUUUUAUUAUUUAUUCCAUAUUGCGGUUUUAAUACUCUUGCUUUUGUUUCCGUACGGUGCCAAAUGAUUGGUUUUCUUUGAUUCUAUAGAGUUAAGUUUUGUUGUUGACUUUAUUUAUCGUUAUAAUUAGUUAUUUCAGUAUGAGUUUUGUAAUGUUAUCCAUAUCUAUAGAACACCAAAUGAGUUUCCCAGACAUUUCACUGGAUUUGCUGGAAUGCAAGUUACAACCAAAGAUAGUAGUAUCCUGUACGUUUAUUGAGGUAAUUUGAAGUUACGAAAUAGUUAUUUAUUUUUGUUUUGACUCUUUUUGUUCAGUAGAUCACUCCUAGUCUCGUAUGUAAUUGGAGACAACUUUGGGGUCCAAGUGUUGCAAUUAUUUUUUAAACUUCACUGAAAAGGACUGUCAAUAAAAGUCUGUUUAUUAUAAAAUAAUUUAUUACUACUCUAUGUUAUACUUUUAAUUUAUAAAAUAAAUUCACUUAGUUUUAUUAUGUAGAUAUACGUUAUAGUUUUGUAGUCAGUGUCCAAUAACACGGGUUUAUACAAUUGAUGAAGGAAGAAAAACAUAAAGCACACAACACUUUCACGAUGAUCCACUAGGCCUACCCGGAGGUAAUAUUUUUGUAGUUCAUACUUGAUAAAAAAAAACCAACUUUUUAUCUGUUUAACAGGACAUUUUGAGAAAUUCUUUACAUUAAGACAAAGACUGAGAAACAUAUUUUAUUAUAGACAAAUAAAAUAAAUCGACAUGCCACUUUCUGUAAGUUAUUUACCUCCAUUAUAAAUAAAUUAUGUUUCACAAUGAACAUCAAACAUUGUAAUAGCAUAAUAUUGGUAUCACUGCAUGUAUUUCAUCGUUCAAGCUCAUUCCCAAUUGUGUUUGAAAUAUUACAAGGUUUGUCCGGAAAAUAUCCGACCUCGUAGUGCGGUCUGAAGAUGAGUUACUUCGCAGUGUUAACUUUAUAUCACUCAUCUUCACAAGCACCAAUCUUCAUCAGGAUUCCACACCUUCUAAAACCAUUCCAUCUACAUUGUCAAUUAUUUUCUUGUGGGAGUUUUGAGGUUAGGAAGAGCCAAGUCAUAAGAAAAUAUACUGUAGAAAAACUUGAUCUGUUUUGUAUCCAUUUCCAUUCAGAAAUAUUGGAUGAGAAUAACUUGUAUGGUGUAUCAUCAUGAUGGUGGUGGAGGAUUUAUUCAUGAUUUCACCACAUACUUACUUUGUUAUGCUCUGUCUGGACUAAUUAGUAAAUCUUCAUGCUCAACAAUUCCACAAAAAAGGUUUUAAAUGUUCUAUUUAUAAUUCCUGUAAUGUAAAUUAACUUCUUCACUAAAAUCCGGUUUAAAAUCACCUAAGCCAUCCUUUUAUUUAGUUUUUUUAAAUAAAGGCUUACUAUAUCAUAUUGAGAUUCUUUGGAUGAACAAUAAACAAUUUUUUGUAGAGGCUAAAACCAAUUCUUGGAUUAACAUAUUCUAUCACAGCGGUAUGUACACUUAUAUGCAGGUUCACUAAGCGAAAUAAUGAGGAAACAGAGCUAACAGCGGAGGUCUGACCACGUGGAGGAGGUAAUACAAAAUAUUCCUCUUGUACCAUGAAUACCUGUCUGGGGCCUUAAAUGCUCAAAAAAAUAUAGCUGGGGGUCAGAUACUUUCCGGAUAAACUUUUUUAAAGUUUACUUAAUAGCUAUAUAACAUUACAGACACUGGUAAAAAGGCAUUUAUAUCAAUAUUACCCCUUAACAGUAACUAACCUAAGACAGCUAUCUUCAUAAAAGGUUUAUGAAAUGUACAAUAUUUAUAAAUUAGUUGUUAUUUAUUUAUUACUAUACAUUUUUGUAAUAAUUUUGUACCAUCAUUUAUAUGAUGGCAAAAAUAUGUAUUUUAAAAUGUUUAAAAAAAAUAUUUAUUUUAUCUGCUCAUUCGUUUAUAAAAAAGUUGUUAUUAAGUACUUGGUUUCCACUGAUUAAUAACCAGUAAGCAAUCUAAAUUGAUUUAACUGCUAAAACUAAGAAGCUGAUAGGCAUUUACUUGAAAAACUGCCACUGCCAACAUAUGUUUCACAGCAUAUUGUACAAAUCUUACAUUCGUGUCAUUUACAAAAUAUUUUAUGAUAGUCCAGUAACAGUAACGUAAACUUUAUGUACAUACUGAACUGUGUAGAUACAUAUUGAAUUAGCUUUAAUAUAUCUUUGAUACUUUUAUUAAUUUGAUUAACUUAAGUAUAUAGUAAUUGUUAUUAAAAAGUAUUAAUAAUAAGUGUUUUUAACUUAAUCCGUUCCUGUUCAUUUGGACUUGGUAGCCGUUGGCUGAACGUAGGCGGGAGGGGCAAGGCUACGAUCAACUGUGUGUGUGAUCAACGACCGAGCUAAAGUCAACUUAUAUCAUGAACACAUUGUAAACCUUCCUUGUCUGUGCUUUGCAUUUCAGUGUAAAUAUGUUUGCAGUGAAAAUAAAUUAGUUUUUGUUAAAA